UCGUAGGCUCGUUUUUAGCGCAAUCGCGCUCCAAAAUAAAGUCAUAUCAUUAUCGGCCUCCGCCGCAGCCACCGCCGCCGGCCUCAUUUCCAUAAGCUCUCUCAUCUCCGUCUCUUCAAGAGAAUGGCAGCCUGCGUAGCGACGGCGUGUUCUCUUCCCAAUCUCUUCGAGUUCAAACGCAGACCUAUUUCCCACCUUUCCAAUCGCUUCUUCCCCAGGAUCCGCCACCGGAGAUUGGCCUUCGCUGGAACGGGAAGAGCCGUUUCCGACCCUCCCAGUCAUACUUCUACUGCUGCUAAUUCACGCAUCGAUUCACCUUGCUUAGUCAUCCCUCCGCCGCGUAACGGACGGAAACCUAAAGCGAUUAUCAAAUUCGUCGGCGGAGCUUUCGUCGGAGCUGUCCCGGAGUUCACUUACAGUUAUUUGCUGGAGCUGCUAGCGAGGGAUGGGUAUUUAAUCAUUUGCGUGCCUUACAAUGUGACGUUCGAUCAUGGUCGAAUGGCUAGACAAGUUUUUGAGAGGUUUCAUUCUUGUUUUGAUUCUAUUUUGGCUUCUGGGGGGUUGCCGGAUUCAGGGAUUUCUGCUGCUGAGAUUGCAGAUUUACCCCUUUAUUCUGUAGGACACAGCAAUGGAGCUCUUCUUCAAGCACUUACUGGAAGUUAUUUCUCUGAGAAGAUACCAAAGGCUAAUGUAAUAAUAUCAUACAACAACAGGCCAGCAUCAGAUGCAGUGCCAUACUUUGAACAGUUGGGCUUUGCAGUUGGUCAGAUGCUGCCACUUUUAGCAACAUCUCCAAUUUAUUCAGUUCUUCAGGCUGCUUCAGGGAAUGCAUGGAACCUACUUCUUGAUACAGCUGAAAUAGUGGCACCAAACUACAACAAAAAAUCAGUUGUUUCAUUGAUGACUAAAUUUGCUCAUCAAUUACCCUUGGUAUUUAAUGAGCUAGCUCAAGGGAUAUCAGAAUUCAAGCCAACGCCACCUGAAAAUCUGGAGUGCUUAAGAGAUUCAUAUAAUAUCCCAUCUACUCUACUGGUGAAGUUUGAUUAUGAUACAAUAGACGAGACCGAUUGCCUUGAAGUGACAUUGAAACCCCGUGUGGAAUCCUUUGGUGGAAAACUAGAGAAAGUUGUUUUGAGUGGUAACCACAUUACACCCUGCGUUCAGGAACCGAGGUGGGAAGUUGGGAACGUGUACACUCCAGCGGAUGCUAUAGGUCAAGUACUAAAGAGUGUGUCAAUUAAUGACACCAGAAGGCUAUCAGUGGUCAUCUCCAACUGGCUUGAUUGUCUUGCUUACUGAUCAGUCCUGAAUGAGGUUUGGUGGUCAGUUUUCAUGCCACAUAUCUAAUUUCUUUAGUAGUAGGAAGGAAAUUGAAGAAGUGUAAUGUGUGUUUUAGGAUAGCCCAAAAAGGCAAAUAUUAAGGUAGUACUUUCAUGUAGGGAACUAGGUAUGGAUGUGUAUUUUCCUAAUCAUAUAAAUAUGCAAAAUUUAGGACUGCUAAUAUUUAUUGUUCUUUAGGUUGUAUUUCUGGCAAUUUCAAUUCUCUAAAGGACACAGUUCCUGGAACAUUGAUCCGCAAUGUCAUGGUAUGACAUAGGUCUCAAUUGAGGCUUUAACUGAAAUGUUGUUGUAUUCUCUUCGUCAUAAAUUAAGUUGUAUGUU